AUGGGCAAGGGCCGUGCUGAACCAGGGACCCCAAAGUAUAUUGCAAAUAAAAUAAAAUCAAAAGGAUUGCAAAAGUUAAGAUGGUUUUGUCAAAUGUGCAACAAACAGUGUCGAGACGAAAAUGGAUUCAAAUGUCAUACUAUGUCUGAAUCACAUCAACGGCAAUUGUUAUUGUUUGCAGAUAAUGCAGGACGUUAUCUUAGUGAAUUUAGUUAUGAAUUCUCUAAAGGAUUUCUAUUCCUGUUGAAGCGACAGUUUGGUACUAAAAGAGUCAAAGCGAAUAAAGUCUACCAAGAAUACAUAUCUGAUCGCACUCAUUUGCACAUGAAUGCCACUCAGUGGACCACACUUACGGGAUUUGUGAAAUGGCUUGGUAAAACCGUCUUUGUCUCUAAUGCCGGCUACACACAUUCAGUUUUAACUGUCACUUUUCAUUUAACAGUUAAAACUGACUGUGUGUUGGUUGAAAACUGGUAG